AUGGAAUCUGCCAAUCACAGAGUCCCAUGGGGCGCAAAGCGCUUACCGACUAGCCGCGAAGGGAAGCUCUCCGCCCAAGGAACAGCUUCGCAGUCGAAUGCUCAGCAUGACGGGGUCCCUGAAGCUCAGGUUCCCGUGUCUCCUCCGUCCCAAUCAGUCGGGCCCAACAGGUUUUCCACCCCGGACAAUCCGUUUUCUGCAAAGCCUCAGAGUGCCUCUCCUGUUCGUCCCCACAACCUCAGACAAGGUGCUGCCCGUGGUACUCGAAGCUCUGCCCGGCAGGAUAUCCUUUCCGCCUUCGAAUGGGAGGCUCUAGCCAUCGAGAAAUCGAGAGACUCCGCCCCCGUUGCAACCUCAGCUAAAACCAGGAAUAGUCAACUAAGGGCUACUACGACUGCUGCUGCUACAGCUAGGGACCAGAGCUCACCUUCCAAGAACCCCAAGAAAAUGUCCCGGAAUCGGCCAAGAGGUCCCCCAGUCCCCAGGGACAACGGACUGGCGGCCAAUGAAGAGACUGACAUGUGGAACAAGAUCCUCCAGGACCUUCGCAAAGCGAAGGAGAAGAAUGACAAGCAGAAGACGCUGGCAGACCAGAUCGCCGCCUUGAACGAGAAGAUCGGUAAAGAGGGUGGAAGACCUUCUCUCAGCGAGCAUGAUCAGCUCGAUAGUCUCUAUCGACAAAUGUCAAAGCUGUGCGACGAUGAGAGAGCCAUUCUCCAGGAUGAGCCUAGCGAUGUUAUCAAGAACUUGGGUCUCCUGACCGCACUUCGACAGGCCUCCGAAGCGGAGGCCCCUCAAAAUCGCGCUGCUACGUUUUCUAAGUCGCGGAAGAAACGCAAUGAACUGGAUGGGUCAGCAACUGACUCGCCUGGGCCCUCCACUACUGCCUUGCCGGACAAGGUCGGUCGCACGAAAGGCGGCGUUCAGCGUAGUACCAGUGUUUCCAGCACUCAGGUCCGUGAUAGCCGAGACAUCCGCGACAGCGGUGUGUAUGUUAAAGUAGAAGAAGGCACAGAGGGUACCAAAGGUACCCUUGCAGAGCGCAGCGGACACCUGGUGGUCGGGGCGGAGGUUGUCUUCAAACACAACAAGAACAAACAAGGGGUCGAAGGCGAGGGCAUUCAAUGCAUUAUCAAGGGGAUCUCUGGGGAUGGAGUGAAAAAACGGUAUGACGUGCAGGACCCGGAGCCAAACGAGAAUGGUGAACAGGGAGCUGUUUACAAAACCACUGCCGCAUCUCUGAUUCCCAUUCCCCAGAUGGGGUCAGCCUUGCCCUCAUUCUCAGUAGGGAAGCAAGUGUUGGCGAGAUAUCCAGAUACGACCACGUUCUAUCGUGCGGAAGUCAUGGGUUCCAAGAAGGAUGUCUACCGCCUGAAGUUUGAGGGCGAAGAGGAUGAUAAAGAGAUGGAGGUAGAUCGACGCUUUGUACUCGAUAUACCUGGGAAGUAG